CCGAGGCGGCGGCGGCAGGGAAGGGGACGGCGAGUGGCCCGUGCUACACACGCCGGCCCCGACCCUAUGCAGUGACUCGCGCGACGCAGGCGCCUCCUACCCCUCCGGCGGGCCCAGACUUCCCGCUACGGGAUGUUCUCCCGAAGGAGCCACGGGGAUGUGAAGAAGUCCAUCCAGAAGGUGCUGGACCCGAAGAAGGACGUGCUGACCCGCCUGAAGCACCUGCGGGCGCUGCUGGAUAAUGUGGAUGUGGGUGAUCUUAAGCAGUUUUUUGAGGCCAACUAUUCUCAGAUAUAUUUCAUCUUCUAUGAAAAUUUUAUAACACUGGAAAAUAGUUUGAAAUUAAAAGGGAAUAAUAAAUCACAAAGAGAGGAGCUGGACUCCAUCCUCUUUCUUUUUGAAAAAAUACUGCAAUUUCUACCUGAACGAAUUUUCUUUCGAUGGCAUUACCAGAGUAUAGGCUCAACUUUAAAGAAGCUUCUACACACUGGAAAUUCUACUAAGAUAAGAUGUGAAGGAAUCAGGCUGUUUCUUUUAUGGCUUCAAGCACUUCAGACACACUGUGCAGAAGAACAGGUGCUGAUUUUUGCCUGCCUGGUGCCUGGUUUCCCGGCGGUCAUGUCCUCCAGGGGGCCCUGCACGCUGGAGACACUCAUCAACCCUAGCCCUGGUGUGGCCGAUGCCAAAGUAUAUCCAGAAGAAAUCACUCCACUCUUGCCAGCCAUUUCGGGGGAGAAGAUUGCUGAGGACCAAACCUGCUUCUUUCUGCAAAUACUUUUGAAGUAUAUGGUUAUUCAGGCUGCAAGCUUGGAGUGGAAGAAUAAGGAGAAUCAAGAUACUGGUUUUAAAUUUCUUUUUACAUUAUUUCGAAAAUAUUAUCUUCCUCAUUUAUUUCCAUCAUUUACUAAGUUAACAAACAUCUACAAACCUGUGCUUGACAUCCCCCAUUUGAGACCAAAGCCAGUGUAUGUUACUACAAUCCGAGACAAUGAAAACAUUUACAGCACAAAAAUUCCUUACAUGGCAGCUCGUGUGGUUUUUAUUAAGUGGAUUGUAACAUUCUUUUCGGAGAAAAAGUAUCUGACUACAUCACAAAACACUAAAAAUGGAGUUGAUGUAUUGCCUAAGAUCAUCCAGUCUGUCGGAGGUGGUGUCGCGCAAGAGAGGGCACCAGAACUGGACGGUGCUGGGCCCCCCGAGCAGGACAAAAGCCAUUCCAACAGCAGCACCUUGUCCGACCGAAGACUCAGCAAUUCAAGUCUGUGUAGCAUUGAGGAAGAGCACCGGACGGUGUAUGAGAUGGUGCAGCGCAUCCUCUUGUCCACGCGGGGUUACGUCAAUUUUGUGAACGAAGUGUUUCACCAGGCAUUUUUGUUACCUUCCUGUGAGAUAGCUGUAACAAGAAAAGUUGUUCAAGUGUACAGAAAGUGGAUCCUCCAGGACAAACCUGUCUUCAUGGAGGAACCAGAUAAAAAAGAUGUUGCCCAAGAAGAUGCUGAAAAAUUAGGAUUUUCAGAGACUGAUAGCAAGGAGGUCUCAUCUGAAAGUUCCGGUCAUAAGCGAUCUUCCAGCUGGGGACGCACGUACUCUUUCACAAGUGCGAUGAGUAGAGGGUGUGUGACAGAGGAGGACAAUACCAAUGUGAAAGCCGGGGCCCAGGCUCUGCUGCAGGUAUUUUUGACGAACUCUGCGAAUGUCUUUUUGUUGGAACCAUGUGCUGAAGUUCCUGUGCUCUUGAAAGAACAAGUUGAUGCUUGUAAAGCUGUUUUGAUUAUUUUUAGGCGCAUGAUAAUGGAUCUUACAAUGAAUAAAAAGACAUGGGAACAGAUGUUGCAAAUACUACUCAGGAUAACAGAAGCCGUCAUGCAGAAGCCAAAGGAAAAACAAAUAAAGGACCUGUUUGCCCAGAGCUUGGCAGGGUUGCUAUUUAGGACGCUCAUCGUGGCUUGGAUCCGAGCAAACCUCUUUGUCUACAUUUCUCGAGAGCUCUGGGAUGACUUCCUUGGUGUGCUGUCCUCCCUCACGGAGUGGGAAGAGCUCAUCAGCGAGUGGGCCAGCAUCAUGGACUCCUUGACAGCAGUGCUUGCAAAAACGGUUUAUGGUGUAGAGUUGACAAACCUACCUCUGGAUAAACUAAGUGAACAAAAGGAGAAGAAGCAGCGAGGCAAAGGCUGUGUUCUAGAUCCUCAGAAGGGAGCCGCCGUGGGGAGGUCCUUUUCUCUCAGCUGGCGGAGCCACCCGGAUGUGGCAGAGCCCAUGCGGUUUAGGAGCGCCACCACGUCCGGGGCGCCGGGAGUUGAGAAGGCAAGAAACACCGUUCGCCAAAAAGCAACUGAAGUGGAAGAGAGCCAGCAGUCAGAGCAGGCUUCUGCGGCCGGGCUGGGCCACCUCGGGCUGGGACAGCAGCAGGUCCUUCGGAGCAGCAGCACCUCUGACAUCUCGGAGCCUCCGUGCUCUGAGCCUCCUCAGGGUCAGAAGGUAGAAAAUGUACAGAAUUUGACUUCUUCAGAGCCGAAGUCUAUUCAGGAGAACAAAGGACAUGUAAAAAGAGAACAUGAAGGAGCAACCAUUUUAGUUCGAAGAAGCAGCAGCCCUGCUGAGCUGGAUUUGAAAGAUGAUUGGCAGCAGAUGCAGGGAGGAUGUGGGGAGAGACCCAAGAGUGAAAGUACCAGCAGUGACACGGCUCUGGGCUGUAACAACGAGGCAGAGCUGUCCACGAACCCAUGGCAGGCCUCUGAGGAAGACCCAGAGCUGAACACUCCCACCGAUGUCGUGGCUGACUCUGAUGCCCGCCAGUGGUUGCAGCUGAGUCCCACUGAUGUUUCAAACUUAACAGACAGCAGUGAGUGCCUGGCAGAUGACUGCAGCAUAAUCGCUGGAGGGAGCCUUGCCGGCUGGUACCCAGACUCUGCUGCCGUGCUGUGGCGCAGAGUCCUGGGAAUCCUGGGAGAUGUGAAUAAUAUCCAGUCCCCCAAGAUCCAUGCCAAAGUUUUUGGUUAUCUGUAUGAACUCUGGUACAAACUAGCAAAGAUACGGGACAAUCUUGCAAUAAGUCUGGAUAACCAGUCGUCCCCGUCUCCUCCACUCUUGAUCCCACCACUCAGAAUGUUUGCAUCAUGGCUAUUUAAGGCAACAACAUUGCCAAAUGAGUAUAAGGAAGGCAAGCUGCAAGCCUACAGGCUCAUCUGUGCCAUGAUGACCAGACGCCAGGACGUUCUGCCAAAUUCAGAUUUCCUGGUGCAUUUUUACCUUGUGAUGCACUUGGGAUUAACCAGCGAGGAUCAGGAUAUCUUGAAUACCAUCAUAAGGCACUGUCCACCCCGCUUUUUCUCUCUGGGUCUGCCUGGCUUCUCGAUGCUGGUGGGGGACUUCAUCACAGCCGCUGCCCGGGUCCUCAGUACAGACAUGCUGACGGCACCUCGUUCAGAAGCUCUCACCAUCCUGGGUUCGCUUGUCUGCUUUCCAAAUACCUACCGGGAGAUCCCUUUGCUGCAGUCAGUGCCGGAGGUGAAUGAGAUCGUUACGGGAACUGAAGAUGUCAAGCAUUACCUCAUAAAUAUUUUGCUGAAGAAUGCCACAGAGGAACCAAAUGAAUGUGCAAGAUGCAUCUCCAUCUGCUCCCUCGGCGUUUGGAUAUGUGAAGAGCUUGCCCAGUGCACAAGUCAUCCUCAGGUGAAGGAGGCCCUCAACGUGAUAGGUGUAACUCUGAAGUUUCCUAACAAAACCGUGGCCCAGGUGGCCUGUGAUGUUCUUCAGUUACUGGUUUCCUACUGGGAAAAGCUUCAGACGUUUGAAACCUCUCUGCCUCGGAAAAUGGCAGAAAUCCUCGUGGCCACGAUCGCCUUUCUUUUACCAAGUGCAGAGUACUCCUCAGUGGAAACAGACAAGAAGUUCAUCGUGUCCCUGCUCCUCUGCCUCCUGGACUGGUGCAUGGCCUUGCCGGUGAAUGCCCUUCUCCACCCGGUGUCCACGGUGGUCCUGGAGGAGCAGCACUCAGCCAGAGCCCCCCUGCUGGACUAUAUCUACAGGGUUCUGCACUGCUGUGUCUGUGGCUCAAGCACAUACACCCAACAGAGUCACUACACACUGACCCUGGCUGACUUGUCAUCCACGGAUUAUGACCCCUUCCUGCCACUGGCAAAUGUGAAGACUUCUGAGCCAGUCCAAUAUCAUUCAUCAGCAGAGCUGGGUAACCUGCUCACUGUUGAAGAGGAGAAGAAAAGGAGAAGUUUGGAGCUGAUCCCGCUGACUGCCCGGAUGGUGAUGGCCCACCUGGUGAACCACCUGGGGCAUUACCCGCUCUGUGGGGGCCCUGCUGUGCUGCACAGCCUUGUCAGCGAGAACCACGACAAUGCCCACGUGGAGGGCUCCGAGCUGUCUUCCGAGGUGUUCCGGAGCCCAAACCUGCAGCUGUUUGUCUUUAACGACAGCACCCUCAUCUCCUACCUGCAGACCCCCGUGGAGGGGCCUGCGGGUGGCUCACCCGUGGGCACCCUCUCUGAUGUGAGAGUGAUCGUGCGGGAUAUCUCAGGGAAGUACUCUUGGGAUGGUAAGGUUUUAUAUGGACCUCUGGAGGGGUGCUUGGCACCCAGUGGAAGAAAUCCUUCAUUUCUGAUUUCGGGGUGGCAGCAUCACACAUUUGGACCUCAGAAAGAUUUUUCUCAAAUUGAGGAGGGAGAUGAUGUCCUUGACAAAUUACUUGAAAACAUUGGCCACACAAGUCCUGAAUGCCUUUUACCAUCACAGCUAAAUCUGAAUGAGCCUUCCCCACCCCCAUGUGGCAUGAACUGUGACCAAGAGAAGGAAAUUAUUGAGGUUAUUUUGCGCCAAAGUGCUCAGGAAGAUGAGUAUGUCCAGAGGUGUAACUCUGAUUCUGCAAUGAAGGUCACCAGCCAAGGGCAGCCCUCGCCGGUGGAACCCCGAGGACCCUUUUAUUUCUGCAGGUUGUUGCUUGAUGACUUGGGAAUGAAUUCUUGGGAUAGAAGGAAGAAUUUUCAUCUGUUGAAGAAAAAUUCAAAAUUAUUGAGAGAGCUAAAAAAUCUGGACUCCCGCCAGUGCCGUGAGACACACAAAAUUGCAGUGUUUUAUAUUGCUGAAGGCCAAGAAGACAAGUGUUCGAUCCUGUCCAAUGAGCGAGGAAGCCAGGCCUAUGAGGACUUCGUGGCGGGUCUCGGGUGGGAGGUGGAUCUCUCCACCCACUGCGGCUUCAUGGGUGGCCUCCAGCGCAAUGGCAGCACCGGGCAGACCGCCCCUUACUACGCUACCUCGACCGUGGAAGUGAUCUUCCACGUUUCUACUCGGAUGCCAUCAGACUCAGAUGAUUCACUCACCAAAAAGCUCCGUCACUUGGGGAAUGACGAGGUCCACAUUGUCUGGUCUGAACACUCCAGGGAUUACCGCAGGGGUAUCAUCCCAACUGCCUUCGGAGACGUUUCCAUCAUUAUUUACCCAAUGAAGAAUCACAUGUUCUUUAUCACGAUAACGAAGAAACCUGAGGUUCCAUUUUUUGGGCCUCUGUUUGAUGGAGCCAUAGUGAGCGGGAAGCUGCUGCCAAGCCUCAUCUGUGCCACGUGCAUCAACGCCAGCAGGGCUGUGAAGUGCCUCAUCCCACUCUACCAGAGCUUCUACGAAGAACGAGCUCUGUACCUCGAAGCAAUAAUUCAGAACCACCGUGAAGUCAUGACGUUUGAGGACUUCGCAGCCCAGGUCUUUUCUCCCUCUCCCAGCUACGCCCUCAGUGGAAUGGGUGUGACUGUCACCUGGCUCUGGUGUUUGAGAAGGGAGCCUGGCAUCAGGGCCCUGGUCCUGCACACAGAGACAAAGCAGAUGCUGCGUUCACAUAAAAGGACUUCUUUGAUGAGUGAAAGAAAAGAAUAA